CCUACCAUUCAGUGCUUCAUAGGCUUAAGAUUCAAAACCAAAGUUAACUGUCCAGUAAAAGCUCACACAAAUAGCUUGUAAAAAUAAACCCAGAUUAGCCUUGGGCAAAAUUAAUAUUUUCAAGGAAGCUUUAAGACAAAAGCAAAUUGCCCAUUUGUCUAACAAGUGUUUUCUACCUGUCUGAAAGACCAGUUUUUCUCUUAGCUUCAUGAUUCCAAGUACCUGGGAAAACAGGUUUUGCUGACUAUUUUAAAGUGAGAGGCACAGAGAGAGAGAGAGAGAGAGAGAGAGAAUGAAUAUAUGGGAAGAAUGUACCAAAUAUAUUGGAGGCUAAAUGAAAUCAAGCUACUUCCUUCUUUAUCUAGGUAAGCAUUUGUCAGCGCUUCUGAAGCACUAAUAGCAUAGUUGUGCUUGUUUCUCGAGGCAGUAAUAAUCUCAAAAGACUGAAAUUAGAGAAUAAGACUACUGCUUAAAAUAAACAUCCUCCUGAUACUGUAUGAGUUUCUAUAUAUGCUAAAAAAAAAAAAAGGUAAUAUCAGAUAAGUAAAGUAAGGUAAAUGUGACUAUACUUCAGUAACCGAAUGCAAUUUAUUUUGGGUAUUGUUUUUUCAGGGAAAUAUUUAAUCUUUCCUUUUUAGUGGGAAGUUGCGGAAGUUAGGCACGGAGCUAUGUACCUCCAUAAAUGCUUUCUCUUUCUUCGUGUGAGAAAGGGUUUGAAGGGGAGUAAGGCAAUCAAAAUCCUUUGUUAGGUUUAAGAGGAAUUCUAAACGAUGGGGACAGGACUGCAUUGAUGCUCACGGAGCGAGGGGUUGGACGUAGAGAACGCUGCAUUUCCUCAUAUUUCUAAAUUUACGGUCCUUGCAUAUAAACAACUUGGCUGAUACGCUAAAUAUCCCAUCUGGCUGUGGUAAUUAAGCACAAAUCAUUUGCUGUAAAACAGAGGGACGAAAAAAUAACGUGGCAGUCAGUAGACGACGACGACGAAGGGGAGCCGGGUCGCUGGGACCAGCCUACGUUUCACAACCCACAGGCAAGUCUGACGGCGGGGAUUAUCGGAGCAAAAUGGCUGCUGCCCCGUCCCGCCGCCGUCAGCGGGGCCCGCGCUGCGGCGCGGCUGGCGGGAAGAUGGCACCUGUCACGUUACCCCGCGCACCGUCCCGCUGAGCUGCUGCGGCUGUCUGCCUUCCUGCUAGCGAGAACCCCACAGACAUGCUUUUACUCGCCAGGUAGCUCAAAAACAUAUGACAGUCAUGUCCCAUUCAAAGGAUCUCAAGGACGACUUCCACAGUGACACUGUACUUUCUAUUUUAAAUGAACAGCGCAUUCGGGGUAUUUUGUGUGAUGUCACCAUAAUUGUAGAAGAUACCAAAUUUAAAGCCCAUAGUAAUGUGCUGGCAGCUUCAAGCCUUUACUUUAAAAACAUUUUUUGGAGUCGUACUAUCUGUAUUUCAGGUCAUGUACUGGAGUUAGAUGAUCUCAAAGCUGAAGUGUUUACAGAAAUACUGAAUUACAUCUACAGUUCCACAGUAGUUGUUAAGAGGCAGGAGACUGUAACGGACCUUGCAGCUGCAGGGAAAAAACUAGGAAUAUCAUUUCUAGAAGAUCUUACAGAUGUUAAUUUUUCAAGUUCCCCCUGCCCCUAUGCAUACUGUAUUAAUGAAAAAGGGACUGUCAAAGAGGAAAAACAUGAAAAGAGACAUGAAGACUCUGCUGUGACAAAUGGACCGCGAAUUACAAAUGCAUUCUCAAUUUUUGAAACUGAAAACACUUUGUUUUCUCCACUUGAUUUGAGGGCAAGCUUUAAAAAGGUAUCUGAGGCAAUACAAGCACCCAUCAGCCUCGAUAGAAACGAUGUCUGCAAAGAUGCUGAGCCAGCCAGUACACUGGCCGAACAUUCCUAUGCAGUUUCUUCUGGGGGAGAUACUUUUCAAGGAACACCUUUUCUUGAACAGGACAGCAGCCCUUCAUACAAGAUGGGCGAAGACCACUAUGAAAAUCUCCAAGCCCCACCACUCAUUCAGCCGGGAAAACAAGUGUGUAGUACUCCUAAAACAGCCUUUAAGCCCCAGGGUACUGGCAUUGCUAUAGCAAAAGUACCAGCCUCUAUAGUAACCACUACAGAAGCUCAACAUGAAGCAGUUACUGAUCAGACAAUUACUUCCUGUCCGAAACCUCAAAAUAAAGCAGGAGAUUUCCAUUUAUCCAGAGAAGAGGAAAGCAGUUCUGCUAAUGUCUCUGGAUCCGUGGCAACUGUUGUUCCACCUGUUUACAACUGUAACUGUUGUGCAAAAUCAUUCAAUGACAGGGUGUUACUCAGUACUCAUCUUCAGCUCCAUUCAGAGCAUCAGGAAACUUUCAUAUGCAAAUACUGCAGCAAACAAUUUGGAAAUCUAAAUAUACUGGAAAGUCACGAACAAGUCUGCAUGAGAUCAAGUAGCUUGCCAGUUCACAAUGGAAACGAACAAAAUUUUGCAGAUAACUACACUGCUACGGACGGAAGAAAUGGAAGUUCAUAUGCAAAUGCAGAGCCUCUAUUGUCUGAAAACAGCAUCACUGAUUAUUCUAAUGCAAACUGCACUUUACCAGAAACAGAUCAUUUGGUUAAAGUCGUUGAUGGGCAGAUAUUAUAUACGUGCAUCGUUUGCAAGCGCAGUUAUGUAACAUUGUCUAGCCUUCGAAGACAUGCAAAUGUACAUUCAUGGAGAAGAACAUAUCCUUGUCACUACUGCAAUAAAGUAUUCGCAUUAGCCGAAUAUCGCACCAGACAUGAGAUCUGGCACACUGGAGAAAGACGGUAUCAGUGCAUUUUCUGUCUGGAGACGUUUAUGACUUAUUAUAUACUAAAAAAUCAUCAGAAGUCUUUCCAUGCAAUUGACCAUCGUCUCUCAGUAAACAAAAAGACAGCCAAUGGAGGCUUAAAACCAAGUAUGUACCCAUACAAACUUUAUCGACUUUUACCUAUGAAAUGCAGGCGGCUACCUUAUAAGUCCUACCAAAAUUCUUCAUUUGAAAAUGUUCAAACAAGUAGCCAGGUUAAUGAAACUGCUUCUACUAACUGUUUCAUUCCGAGUUCUCUUAGCUCUGAGCUACCACCACUGAAUUUUCAAAGUAAUAUAAUUGCAAACAACAGAACUCUUGCCUUGGAUACACCUUCAUGUAACGAUACAGCAUCUUCCAUGAAUACUCAGAAUUCUUCCUCUUGGGGAGUAGGUAUCUUGAAUUCCGACCUGCAAAGGGACUUUUUCACAGCCGAAAAAAGAGUUUCCACUGCUGCAAAUGACUGUGGUUCUCAGGAAUGUGAUUCCUCAGUUGUGUCUUUAACUAAUGUGAAUGAAAAUUCAACCUCUGUCAUCAGUUACAGCAGUUCUGCACCUUCUGUUAUAAUGCACAGUAGCAGAGUUUCAUCAGUAAUAAUGCACAGUAAGACAGUCACUUCUGUAGAAAACAAUAAGAUAGAAUCUUCAAAUAAUCUACCAAGUCAGUCUGUAAGUGAUGAUUGUAAAUAUGGGUCAGAUAACUAUGGGAAGUGCGUUACAAAAUCAAAAACGAUUAAGGAGAAAAAGAAAACACUGCUGUACAACAGAGCAGAAGUGACUGAGGAUAUGCAGCAUGUCAUAGGAUCUGGAGGUUCAUCUAGCAAAAUGACAAAUACUGUCCAAGAGUCAAGUAAAACUGAAACGUACAUUGCAAAGCCUGCCUUACCUGGAACAUCUACUGACAGCAAUGUUGCACCUCUUUGCCAAAUAACAGUAAAAAUUGGUAAUGAGGCUAUUGUGAAAAGACAUAUAUUAGGAUCUAAGCUGUUUUGUAAAAGGGGCCGAAAAUCUAAACACGAGUCCAAACAGGACGAUCUAAUUGAGGAAUCAGAAAUCGAGAUAAAAGAAAGAAGCCCCUCUAGGCUGUAUAGUUCAGAAUGCCUGGAGCUGACAGAAAUGUGUGAUGACGUAAGUGACCAGGACUCCAGUGACAAACCCUGGAGACCCUAUUAUAAUUACAAACCAAAAAAGAAAUCCAAACAGCUAAGAAAAAUGAAAAAGACCAAAUGGAGGAAGAAGCAUGGAAGCAAGAACACCAUUAUGGAAAGCCACAACACAUGCAGUCGAGAAUAUGCGCUCAGGAAUGUUCCUGAGGAAAAGGCAAUCAGUCAAGAAGAGAAUGCAGAAAUGCCAAAUCUUCAUUGUGAGCUCUGUGAAAGAGAUCAAUCUUCCACUGCAGAAAAUCAAGAACAUGUACACUGGCAUGUAGCUACUUCAAAGCCUUACAUUUGUGAAUUAUGCCAAAAACAAUUUCAAAGUCCAUCCACUUUAAAAAUGCAUAUGAGGUGUCACACUGGGGAAAAGCCCUACACUUGCAAAACUUGUGGUAAGUGUUUCUCAAUUCCUGGAAAUCUACAGAAACAUGAACGUAUUCACCUGGGUGUCAAAGACUUUGUCUGCCAAUACUGCAAUAAGGCAUUCACUUUAAAUGAAACACUCAAAAUACAUGAAAGAAUUCAUACUGGAGAAAAACGCUACCACUGUCAGUUCUGCUUUCAGAGCUUCUUGUACCUUUCUACCAAGAGGAACCAUGAGCAAAGACAUAAGUACCAUUCUUCUCAGCAAAAGAAGAGGAGAUUUAGACAGUCUUCCUCCUCAUCCUGGAAUAAUGCCUGGACAACAAACAACAGAGCAACUCCCCAUAAAUACUUUGGGUUUGGGAGAAGUAGCAUCUCACCCCAGGCAAGCAUUGUUGCAGCAUCCCUCAGCCCAACAGAGCUGGCCCAUGGCAGAGAGGUGCCUGGAGUGGGUUGCUGGAGGAAGAAGUGUUGGCUUUCCUGCCUCCCUCAUCCUGCCACACUGAAGGGUUAUGGUGAGCCUUUCGGCUUCACAGUUUGCUCAGAACUGGGAGAACAGGCUUCUGAAAGACCUCACCGAACUAUUACAAUUAAUAUUAUUUUGUCAAAAUGUGAUUAAUUUUAACUGAGAUUAAGAGAUUUUUAAAAAGUCAAAGGGCGUAUGUGUACAAGUUGCAGUUUAUAUGAUAGGGCUGUGUUGUACUGUAUCUGCAUUUCCAAUUAGUCAUGUAUGUUAAUCUCUAUGAAGUGUUAAAACAUUAAGUCAGGACAAAGGUUAGUGAACCUCAACUUCAUUCUGCGUGCAAAUAUGGUACACAGUUUGUUUACUUACUUCGUCUUCUGAAUAUUUUAAAAGAAACUAUAGCUUGGGUACAAUAAAACUACAAUUGAAAUGGUAAUGCAGUACUGAUUGAAGUAAUAAUAUAGUCCACUUAUUUAUUCUAUCAUUGGUGAAUGCUAUGAACCCCUUGGGUACAAUAAAACUACAAUUGAAAUGAUAAUACAGUAUUGAUUGAAGUAAUAAUAUAGUCCACUUAUUUAUUCUAUCAUUGGUGAAUGCUAUGAACCCCUUGAGAAAUUUUGGUUUCAUGGCAGCUUUGGUUCCAUUUAAAUAAGGAUAAUAGACAAAUAAACACAGAAAAGUACGAUGAUGUUUCAAAGAAAGUACGCAAAGAUAACUUCUAAGUGGACUUGUGUGAUGAUAAUUAUAGACCAAAGCAAAUAAGGUAGAAUAUUUAUAAAUAUAAAGAUAAUUUUACAAAUAUUUUAUAUAACUGUAUAGUUCAUAAGAAAAAAUAUUGAUAGCUUGUGUUAGGUUUGGGGGGGGUUUGUAUAUUUUGAUAAAAACACAAUGACUUUGUAACUCUGUAUAUUCUCUACAGUUUAUAGCAAAGCAGUUUUAAGAUGGCAAUGUCAUGUUUAUAGUUCAAUUGUGGCACUUUUACUACAAGUAACACGUUGCAGUAAUGAGUCCAGUAUCAAUGACCAAAUUAGAAUUAAAGUAAGUGUAAGAGAAGGUAAAUACUAUAUGUUGUCAAAGACUGUAAUUUGCUACAUAAUUGCAUCUGUAUUUUUGUUUAGAAGAAAAUAUUAAAUGCAGAUGUUAAGGAUUGAUA